AUGCCAAAGUCCGUGCGGUUUCCGAAGCACCUGGACAAUGGACGCUUUCUGGUCGAGGACAAAGACAAGCUGGGUGAGGGCUGCUUCGGGGCUGUGUUCCUCGGUACCGACACGCGCACGAAGAACAAGGUUGCGGUGAAGUUCGAGGACUCCAAUUGUGGGGCCCCGGGGAGCCUAGUGAUGGAAGCGCAGCUUUUGAAGAAGCUGGCCGAGCCUUCCUUGCCACAGGGCUUCGUCGAGGUGUUCUUCUUCGGGAAGCUUGGCAGCUUCACGUGCUUGGUCAUGGAUCGGCUGGGAAAGUGCCUCGAAGACUGCAUGGAGGAUUGCCGUGGCAAAAUGGAGGCCAAGACAGUUGUCCUCAUAGCUCAACAGGCUCUGCGACGGCUGGAGUAUCUCCACUCCAAAGGAGUAGUUCACAGAGAUAUCAAGCCGGAGAACUUUAUGUGGGGCGUGGAUGGCAAGAUCCACCACCUCUACAUCAUCGAUUUCGGCCUCAGCGAGGCAUACUGGUCGAGGCGGCACAUCUGCAUGACGACCAAGAAUAGUAUGGUGGGGACCGCCCGAUACGCCUCCAUCAGCACGCACAAGGGCAUCAACCAAACACGUCGAGACGAUCUGGAGGCCUUGGCGCACAUGCUCAUCUACUUCCUCCGGGGCGCUCUGCCCUGGUCGGGGCUCAAGGGAGCUAAGACCGAGCAAGAGAAGUACCGGAUGAUUGGAGACAGGAAGGAAAGCACGCCUGUGGCCAGCCUGUGCGCCGACAUGCACGGCUGCUUUGCAUUCCUGCUCACCUAUGCAAGGUCCUUGCCCUUCGCGGAAAGACCGGACUACGAGAAGCUGUGCGUGGAUUUGCGCAGAUUCAGGAUUCAGCUGCAGUCCUUCGUUUCUGGUGGUUUGUAA